AUGCGUUUGAAACGUCAGAGUGUUAACACACGUUCAAAUGUUCAAAAAAUCGCAAUGAGGAGAAUUCGUGCUACUCGGAUAUCAAACAGUCAAACGGCCGGACCUUCUACUGCAGGCCCAUCUGUAAUUGGUACUGGUUCAUCAUCAAGAGAUUCUUCUCCUGAGAAUUUUGCCAUUCCGCGUGUCGAUUACGGGGAUUAUCAUCGGCCUCUUUUCUUAUUUAAUUGUGAUUCGUCGGACUCAAGUGUUACAAGUGAGAUCCAAGUCAAUGAAAUGCAGCAAAAUAUAGAAAUAGAACAUUCUUCCUCUGAUGAAACAAUCAUUUAUAAACCUCCUUCAUCUAUAAAUUGGAACUAUUUAGUGAACUAUACAUCUAAACGUUUCGUUUAUCCUGACAUACCAUACAAUAUGACACCAGCUAAUCAGUGUUACCCAGCAGCAUGGCUAAGAAAAGCUGUGAAGUUUGAUCGUAUUAUUGAAAAAAAUGACUGGAAUUUUUGUGAGCACUGUAAAAGGAGGUUUCUCAAUUUAACAAUUACAUCUGUUAGUGUUCAUGGACUGGAUUCGCAAAAUUGGUGCAAUAAGUGCGUCAAAAAUCCUGAUCUUUAUACGGAUGCUAAUUUUAUGGACCCUCGAGAGCAGCCUGAAGUACUCAAAAAUUUAACGAUGGUUGAAGAGAUGUUGAUAGCGAAAGUUCAUCCCGUUGUUCGUCUUUAUAAAAUCAGAGGCCAACAAUUUGGAUACAGUGGUCAUGUUGUCAAUUUUGAGCAAGACAUAACUAAUCUACAUACAAAACUACCAGUCAACCCAAAAGACCUACGUGGAAUCAUAAUUGUAAAUCGAGAUACACCAGAUGGAAUAGCUUCAUUUCAAGUUCGUUCAUCAAAAGUAAGAGAAGCUCUUUGUUGGCUAAAGAGAAAUCACAUGUACUACCAUGACAUCGAAAUAGAUGAUGAACAACUAUCCCAGCUUCCGGAAAAUGGCAACAUAAUGCAACUUUUGCCGAAUUUAAAUCGAGAUUCUCGCCAGGAUGGGUCGCAAUCAGAUGAAAUGCAGUUGAUGCAAGAAUCUAAUUUUCCUCACAUACCACAAAUGAAUCAAGAAAGUAAAGUUCGAGAUGCAACUGAUAGUAUUGAUUGGCCACAUAUUCGUCCUGACCCGAUAAGUGAGUUCAGAACAGAGGGCUACAUUACACAAGCUUUCCCCACCUUAUUUCCAUAUGGUAGAGCAGAUUUUAAGCAGAGCAGGAAUGUAAAGUCGUUAAGUUUUGUGGAGUACUUCAAGUUUUUAAUGCAGUACAAAGACGGUAGAUUCGCCAAAGAUUCGAGAUUCAGGUUCUUCGCUUUCAAUUCAAUUAUGAGAUGGCAAGCUAUAAAUCAAGGAAAUCUCUAUGUGAAAAGAAAUAAAUUCGGUAACUUGGAUGCUGAAGCUGUUUUGGAAAAAGUUAAAGAGGAUUCACACCUUGCAGACUCAAUUAUGUUUUACGCUGGAAAACUACGUUCAUCUAAAAGCUAUUGGUUUCAAAGAUCUGGCGAACUUCAUGAUAUGGUAGAGCAACUGUCUACUCCACAUAUCUUUUUUACUCUGUCAGCAGCAGAUUAUCACUGGCCUGAUUUAUACAAAAUUCUAGAUCCCACGAAUAAUAUUGACACAUCAAUUGAAGCGAAUCGUCGGAGACUUAUGCAUGAUAAUCCGCUAAUUACGGCUUGGUUUUUUCAAAAGAGAGCUGAAACAUUUAUUCGUGAGGUUUUGUUACCCUGUUAUAACGUAGAUGAUUAUUGGUAUAGAUAUGAGUGGCAAUGGCGAGGAAGUCCACACAUUCAUGGAGUUUUGUGGCUGAAGGAUGGUCCUAAGUUAGAAAAUCUUGACGAUGUUACAGACGAACAACUUUCCUACUUGACAAAUUUUUGCGCGAGAUUAUCAAGAGCAUGGAAUCCCGAUAUAACACAUGCCCCAAGUGACAUACAUCCGUCUAGGAAACGAUUUACAGAGAUUUUGGAAGAUCCAGAGGAUCUUACAACAAUUCUUAACCGCUUACAGAGACACACUCGUCACGGUACACAUUGUUUGCGUAAAAAAAGAGGAACCAACGUUGAAGCUUGCCGUUUCGGGUUUCCGCAUGAGCUAUCUGAUGUAGAUGUUAUUGCUAAAGACAGAAACUGGAAAUUCGAGCCAAAAAGAAAUGACGAAAACAUGGCCAAGUACAAUCCAUUUGUUACUCAGACGUGGCGUGGAAACACUGAUUUUACUCCUAUACUUUCAAAAGAAGCUGUUUUGUUAUAUAUUGUGAAGUAUGCAGCGAAAGCUGAAACUGAAUCAAGUGAUUAUAGAGAAUUAUUGAAGCACAUGGCUGAAAGUAGUGAUCCAAACUCUCCAGCUGCUACACUCGUUAGAAAACUUUUGGUUAGCUCUACAGCUGAACGUGAUUUUUCUGCCCAAGAAAUAUCACAUCUAAUGAUGGGAUGGCCGUUAUUUCAUUCUUCACGGUCUUUUGUUACGUUGGUGAUAAAAGAUGAAAACUGGAGAAAGCUCGAUUGUUCGACGGAUUGUGAAGACCCUGCCAUCAUUGAACGCUAUAAGAAGAGAAACAGGGAACUUGAAAAUGUAACUCUUUUCGAAUUCGCACAGAAUUACCGCUAUUCACAAAAAAAAAUAUUGCGACGCCGAGUCCCUGCUAUAGUAAGACAUUAUCCGAAAUUUAAGCUGACUGAUAAUCCUUCAGAAAAUGAAAGAUACUUCAAAAUUAAAGCUGUUCUACAUACACCUUGGAGACAAAGUAUGGAUGAAAUAAUUAGGCCAUUCUUAUCAACAAACUUCCCAUGGACAACAGCUUAUAAUAAUAUCCGUGAUGCGAUAGGAGAGCCGCGAUUUGUGUUAGAUGUAGAAGACUCUUUCGAAGAUGACCCUGAACUAGAUGAGUUUCAUUUACACCUUGAACCGGGAAUGGCGAUUUCAAGAGCUGUUCCUCAAAAUAAUGAAAUUCAGAACCUUGGCAGAAGAGAAAUAGAUGUUGCUCAUGAAUGGGAAGCUGAUUCAGUAUCUGAAGAAGAAAAAAAAGCUCUAACCGAUUGGAUGACGAUACAGAAACAAAGCUUCAAUGUUGCAACGAAUGCAACUGGUCGUGUAGCAUACAACCUUUCUGAUGAUCAACAGAGAGUCAUGGACAUAGCCAUGCUACAGAUAAUCCUUCUUACACAAUCGAAAGAUCCAGAAAUAAAAAGAGUUAUGGUACAAGGUAAAGCAGGAAGUGGUAAAAGUUAUUUAAUAAGUGCUCUUACACAAGAAUUCAGAGAAAAUUUUGGUUCGGACUCUGUUAUGCUUUUGGCGCCUACUGGUGCUGCUGCUAUUAAUAUUUCUGGUAAAACAGUGCAUUCUGGUCUUAUGAUAUCACCACAGAAUUUCAAGCUUCUCACUGACGAAAAAUUGCGCACAUUUCAGUUGAAGAUGUCUAUGGUCAAAUUGAUCAUUGUAGAUGAAAUGUCCAUGAUAGGACUACGUAUGUUGUGGCAGAUUUCAAGAAGACUGCAAGAAGCUGCAGGAAAUGCUGAUGAUUUCUUUGGUGGUUACUUGAUUUAUUUCUUCGGUGAUAUACAACAACUGCCGCCGGUUAAAAACAAUGCUCUUUAUAGUCAUUCAAAUUCAACCAAUGCAAAUAAAGGUAGAAUUGUUUUGGACAGUUUUCAAAGAUUUUUGAUGUUAACAUCAAAUCACAGACAGGCUGGUCAAGAGCAAGCACAGUUUAGAAGAAUAUUGGAUGGAAUUGCUAAUGGAUAUCUGACUGACCACCAGUUCGAAAUACUUAAUUCAAGACGUAGUGGUAUACUUUCAAGACGUGAGCUUGCGAAAUUUGCAAGUGCAAUACGCUUAUUACCUAAGAAUAAAAUGGCUGAUGAGUACAAUGAAAAUCUUCUGAGAAGUAGUGGCUAUCCAGUUGCACUCAUUCCUGCAGUUAAUAGUAGCAAACUAGCAUCAAAACAAAAAUCAGAUAAAGCACAGGCCUUGGAACAAAUCUUGAAAUUAACCAAAGGUUGUCGUGUCAUGUUACGAAGCAAUUUAUGGACUGAAGUUGGACUUGUUAAUGGGGCUCUUGGUACAUUGCGAGCCAUUGUUUAUGAGCAUAAUAAACGACCUCCAAGUGUUCCAGUUGCCCUUAUGAUUGAGUUUGAUAAUUAUAAGGGCCCUACAUACGAUGGUCGUGGUAUUCCAAUAACAACAAUAACAAGACACUGGAAAACAGAAGGAAAACCGCAAUGGCGUCGACAGUUUCCAAUAAAUGUCGCACACGCAAUCACUAUUCACAAAUCUCAAGGAUUAACACUUUCUCAAGCGGUUGUUCAUAUUGGAGAUACUGAAUCCGACAUAGGUUCAUCAUACGUUGCAUUCAGCAGAGUCAAAAAUCUGCAAAGUUUAAUAAUUGAUCAAGUUAUUUCUAAAGAUCGGAUAAAUAACCUUUCUAAUAGCCCUCAACUCGCACAAAGAAAAAUAUUUUUACGCAGAUUUUUGUAA